AUUCGCAAAAAUAAGCGAGAUAUCUUUUUUUUUCUUUCUUUCUUUGUAGCCAUCAUGUCCUCCAACGUCCCCAUCUCUCAAAACGACAUCACUGCCCCAACACCGCAGAACACCCCUUUGACCCAGGCUCCAAUUGCCCUAGGUCUAUCUCGUCCAACGGUCCCGGACAUUUCAGAAGAUAGCGAACCCACAGAGACCGAUGGUAACGAUUCAAAUCUCCUCCCUGGUGCUCAUUCUGCAAUGCUCGGUUUAGUCCAGGGACGCCUUGCAGAUCUCGUCGGAAAGAGCUCUGGCUACAUCGAGAGCUUGCCUGUCGAAGUGAAAAAGAGCAUCGAGGCACUUAAGGGGGUGCAAGUGAAGCAGAACGAACUGCAAAAUCAAUUCAGGAGAGAGUGCCUAGAGCUCGAGAAGAAGUAUCUCGAACUCCAAAAACCGUUGUAUGAGCGACGCCGAGCCAUCAUUUCCGGUACGGCCAAGGGCACACAGGAAGAAAUCGAUGCUGGCAUACAGGCCUCAUUGAAAGAUAAUGAAGAGUACUCGCCAAUACCUGCGGAUGCCCCUGGAGACCCUGCCCCAAUCCCCGAGUUUUGGCUCACGGCUCUGCGUAAUCAUGUGGGGUUGUCGGAGCUUAUUACCGAACGCGAUGCUGGCGCACUCAAAAAACUUACUGAUAUCCGCCUUUCCUAUCUCCCCAGCGAUCAGCCGAAGCCAGGCUUUAAGAUCGCAUUCCAUUUCAGCCCCAACGAAUACUUUGACAACGAGGUGUUGGAGAAAACGUACCUCUAUCAGGAAGAAGUUGGAUAUUCCGGCGACUUCGUGUACGAUCGCGCGAUCGGCACGGAGAUCAAGUGGAAGGAGGAUAAGGACCUAACGAAGGAGUUUGAAAUCAAAAAGCAACGCAACAAAAACACGAAUCGCACCCGCCUGGUCCGGAAGACCCGGCCAACCGAUUCCUUCUUUAACUUCUUCAGCCCACCCGUUCCUCCAGCCGGUGAGGACGAACUUGACGAUGAUGAGCUCGAAGAUUUGGAAGAGAAACUGGAGAUGGACUACCAGAUCGGCGAAGAUCUCAAGGAGAAGAUCAUCCCUCGUGCGAUCGAUUACUUCACGGGAAAGGCUCUCGAAUACGAUAUGCUGGAGGAAGAGGACGACUUCGAUGAUUUCGAUGACGAUGACGAGGGCCGUUUUGACGACGACGUAUGAGUAUCCUUACCUGCAAAGCACACAGGUAUGUUAAUAGACUCCCUAGGAUUCCGAAUCAGACAACGAGCCUCCCGCAAGACGACGAGGUCCUCCAAAAGGCCGUGGUGGUAGCGGCGCCGUUAAUCCCGAGGAAUGUAAGAACCAGUAAAGGGUGGUUUUGUUAAUGUUACCGUUUUAUGAGUUGACUUUCGAUUCCUCUCACGUUGCCAUCCUUCAACUCUUUUGUAUAUUUCAUCCGAGCGUGUUCGGUCUUGUACUCAGAAAUCUGACCUUUUCCUCUCGCUUCUCUUUCAUCUUGUCUUGCCACGUUGUGCUGCUGGUUACACAUCACUUAAUGAGGUCGAGUCGUUAAUUGUUACGAGAGCUCCUAAGACAAGAUAUCCUGCAAGUAG